GGCCGCCGCCACCGUCAACGGCGACGGCUACGACAGCGACGGCUACAACUUCGCGCCGCCUACCCCGUCGACUCUGUCCAUGUCAAUACCUCCGGAGCUUGCUGGAGCAAUCCCGCUGAUCGAUAGGUUCCAGGUGGAGGGAUUUCUUAAAGCAAUGCAAAAACAGAUCCAAUCAUCCGGAAAGCGUGGGUUUUUUAUUAAAAAAUCUGUGGGUCCGCAAGUUCGUGAGAAGUUCACUUUGGAAGAUAUGUUGUGCUUCCAAAAGGAUCCUAUUCCAACUUCAUUACUGAAAGUAACUAACGACCUUGUAAGCCGCUCAAUUAAAUUAUUCCAUGUCAUAUUAAAGUACAUGGGCAUCGAUUCACCUGCAAUAAUAAGUUUGGAAGAAAGAAUUGAACUUGUUGCAAAGCUUUAUAAGCAUACUCUGAAGCGUUCUGAACUUCGAGAUGAGCUCUUUGCCCAGCUUUCAAAACAAACACGUAACAAUCCUGAUCGGAGUUGGUUGAUAAGAGCUUGGGAGCUAAUGUAUUUAUGCGCAUCUUCCAUGCCACCAAGCAAAGAUAUUGGGGCAUACUUGUCUGAGUAUGUUCACUAUAUUGCUCAUGGAGCCACAACUGAUUCUGAUGUUCGAGUUCUAGCAUUGAACACAUUGAAUGCGUUAAAACGUUCAGUUAAGGCAGGCCCACGGGUUACAAUUCCUGCACGAGAAGAGAUAGAAGCACUUUUAACCAGCCGGAAGCUUACAACAAUUGUAUUUUUCUUGGAUGAAACAUUUGAAGAGAUUACAUACGACAUGGCAACAACUGUUGCUGAUGCUGUUGAGGAACUUGCUGGCAUUAUCAAACUCUCAGUAUAUUCUAGUUUCAGUCUUUUUGAGUGUCGAAAGAUUGUUAAUGGAUCAAAAUCUUCAGAAGUUGGCAACGAGGAAUACAUCGGAUUGGACGAUAACAAAUACAUUGGUGACUUGCUAUCUGAAUUCAAGUCAGCUAAGGAUCGCAACAAAGGAGAAAUUUUGCACUGCAAGCUUGUAUUUAAGAAACGCCUCUUUCGCGAGUCUGAUGAGGCUGUGACUGAUCCAAUGUUCGUUCAGCUAUCAUAUGUCCAGUUACAACAUGAUUAUAUUUUGGGGAACUACCCAGUAGGCAGGGAUGAUGCUGCACAACUCACUGCUCUGCAAAUAUUGGUCGAGAUUGGAUUCAUUGAAAAUCCUGAGUCCUGUGUCGAAUGGAUCUCUCUUCUAGAGAGGUUUCUACCUAGACAAGUUGCAAUUACUAGAGCAAAGCGAGACUGGGAGCUCGACAUCAUCUCACGCUAUCAGCUAAUGGAACACUUGUCAAAAGAUGAUGCAAGGAACCAAUUUCUCAGAAUAUUAAGGACUCUUCCAUAUGGCAAUUCAGUUUUCUUCAGCGUUCGGAAAAUUGAUGAUCCAAUAGGACUUUUACCUGGAAGAAUCAUUUUGGGAAUAAACAAGCGCGGGGUUCACUUUUUUCGUCCGGUUCCUAAGGAAUACCUACACUCUGCAGAGCUGAGAGACAUAAUGCAAUUUGGGAGCAGCAAUACUGCUGUUUUCUUUAAGAUGAGAGUUGCUGGUGUUCUUCAUAUCUUUCAGUUUGAAACUAAGCAGGGUGAAGAAAUAUGCGUAGCACUUCAAACACAUAUAAAUGAUGUGAUGCUCCGUAGAUAUUCAAAAGCGCGCUCUGGCUCUGCUACUAGCACGGUUUCUCAAAAUGAUGUUUCUCAAGCAGACAAGCCAGCAAAUGCUGAAAUGUAUGACAAGCGUGUCCAAGAACUGUCAAGAGAAAUUGAUGAGUCUCAAAAGAAAGCAGACCAGCUGCGGGAAGAGUUACAGAGAAAGACAAAACAAGAAAGAGAGAUGCAAGAAGAAUUGGAAGGGCUAAGAGAUGCCUUACAAUCUGAACGUCAUAUCAUUCAAGAAGUAUCAAGUGAGCGGGAUAAGCUAAAAUCUCUAUGUGAUGAAAAGGAUUCUUCUUUGCAGGUAGCGUUGGUGGAGAAAAGUAGGCUGGAGAGCAGAUUAACAAGUGGGCAGAGCCAAGAAAACAACUCUAAAUUAGAAGUAAUUGGAAACCAUUCUGAAAGAGAUACUCUGACAACCGUAGGCAGUGUCAACAAUAGCAUUGAGAUGUUAACUAAGCUUGAGGAGGAGUUGAAAUCAUGUCAAAAAGAGCUUGAUGCAUCAAAAGAAAUUUCAAAGAAGUUAAUGAUGGAAAGGAAUAUGCUCGAACAGAAGAUUCAAAGGCUUGAAAGAGCAAAAGCUGAAGAGAAAAGCACAAUGGAACGAAUUUACGAGGAUGAACGUCGUAAGUUAAAAGAUAAUGCAGCUAAACUGGAGCAAAAAUUGGAAAGUACAACACACUCCUUAAAUGUUGCUGAAUCAACUCUUGCCUCGAGAAAUGCCGAGGUAGAUACAUUGCAAAAUACUCUCAAGGAGCUUGAUGAGUUGAGAGAGUUCAAAGCGGAUGUCGACAGAAAGAACCAACAGACCGUUGAGAUUCUUAAAAGGCAAGGAGCACAGUUAGUUGAGCUUGAAAGUCUUUAUAAGCAAGAACAAGUUUUGCGAAAGCGUUACUUUAACACAAUUGAAGAUAUGAAAGGAAAAAUAAGAGUUUUUUGUCGCUUGCGUCCUCUAAACGACAAGGAGCUUUCCUUAAAGGAUAAGAAUAUUGUAUGCAGUCCUGAUGAAUAUACAAUUGCACAUCCGUGGAAAGAUGACAAGUCAAAGCAACAUAUAUAUGAUCGUGUUUUUGACGCAUACACUACUCAAGAAGAUAUAUUCGAGGACACAAAGUAUCUAGUACAAUCAGCUGUCGAUGGAUAUAAUGUAUGUAUAUUUGCUUAUGGCCAAACUGGUUCUGGGAAGACAUUUACUAUAUAUGGUUCAGAAAACAAUCCUGGUCUUACUCCAAGGGCCACAUCAGAACUUUUUAGGGUGAUAAAGCGUGAUGGCAACAAAUAUUCAUUUUCCUUAAAGGCAUAUAUGUUGGAACUUUAUCAAGAUAAUCUUGUGGACUUGUUGUUGCCCAAAAAUGCUACACGGCAAAAAUUAGAAAUAAAAAAGGACUCCAAGGGUGUUGUUACUGUAGAAAAUGUUACAGUUGUGAGCAUUUCAAGUUUUGAAGAAUUGAGCGCUAUAAUCACAAGAGGAUCUGAGAGAAGACACACCGCUGGAACAAAUAUGAAUGAUGAGAGCUCAAGAUCUCAUUUAGUCCUUUCAAUCAUUAUUGAAAGUACAAAUCUCCAAACUCAAUCUUAUUCAAGAGGAAAGCUUAGCUUCGUGGACCUUGCUGGUUCAGAGAGGGUGAAAAAGUCUGGUUCAGCAGGAAAACAAUUAAAAGAAGCACAAAGCAUCAAUAAAUCUCUUUCUGCAUUGGCUGACGUUAUUGGUGCUCUAUCUUCUGAUGGACAACAUAUACCUUACCGGAACCAUAAGCUGACAAUGCUUAUGAGUGAUUCGCUUGGAGGCAACGCAAAAACUUUAAUGUUUGUGAAUGUUUCACCAGCAGAGUCAAACUUGGAGGAGACUUACAACUCACUCAUGUAUGCUUCACGAGUGCGUUGCAUUGUCAAUGACACGAGCAAGCAUGUUGCCCCGAAGGAAAUCAUGCGCUUGAAGAAGUUGAUUUCGUAUUGGAAGGAGCAAGCAGGUAAGCGGAGCGAGGGCGAUGAACUGGAGGAAAUACAGGAAGAGAGGAUAUCCAAAGACACUCGGUUGACCACUUGAAAGAGUUGUAUCGUCGCUGAUGACUUGCCCUGAAUCCCCCUGGUUUGUGUUCUUGCGCCAUCUGCAGAGGUGGUCAGUGCUACCGAGGGCUCAUGCCACUGAAAUAGUUCUCCAGUGGCCAUCUGGUGGAAAUGGUCUGAUUGACGAUGUUGCACACAAAUUGUAUAGUUACCUAUUAUAUUAUGGCGGGGGUGCCUGUUUGUACAAAGAGAUUAGUACACAUUCAUAGGAGAAGGGAGAAACAGUUCUUAGGAGUAAAUCCCCUUUGUUUUUUGGCCAUGUUAGCAGAGAUUACCAGUGUCACUAUUAGCGCUGAUGAAGAAAUGGCUCCGAAGUGUUGUAAGCU